AGGAGCACGCACGCCGCGCGGGAGCACGCGGUCUUCUCCGUGGCCCUGUCCAGACAGGCCGGCGACAUACUGGGCGUGGACCUCGAUUUCACGGACGGGUUCUCCGCUAGGCUCACCCGGGUCGAGCACAAGGGGGCCGUGCUGGAGUGGAACAAGCGGUGCCCGGAGUCCCUGCGCCUCCUCCAAGGCGACCACAUCGUGGCCGUGAAUGGCAAGCGCGGCAACGCCCGCGCGAUCAUGCAGCGGCUGCAGUCGGACGAAUCGCUGGAGAUAGAGGUGCACCGGCCCGCGCAGAUCACGAUCCGCGUGAACGCCGCGCGGGGCGGCCUCGGGAUAGACACGAAUCAAGCGAAGAACGCGAAGAGCUUGAUGAUCGCCAACGUCGUGACUGGUGGAGCGAUCAGCGCGUGGAACGCGGCCAACGAGGAC